AUGGGCUUGCCCAUCCCGCCGCCGGUCCAGACCCAGCUCCCGGAUUGGGACGGCCUGAAGCUCCAGGUGCGGACCCUCAUCGCCUCCCACCGCGUCAUGAUCUUCAGCAAGAGCUACUGCCCCUAUUGCAACAAGGUGAAGGAACUGUUCCGCUCUCUGCGUGUGGAUUAUUAUGCCUUGGAACUGGAUGUAGUUGCUGAUGGACCCAGUAUUCAGCAAGUGUUAGCAGAGCUAACAAAUCAGAGGACAGUGCCUAAUGUAUUUGUGAAUGGAACGCAUGUAGGCGGCUGUGAUUCAACUUACCAGGCUUAUCAGGAUGGAUCACUGCAGAAACUUCUUGGGGAUAGCAAAAUUGCGGAACCUUAUGAUUAUGAUCUCAUUAUUAUUGGUGGUGGCUCAGGUGGACUUGCGUGUUCCAAGGAAGCUGCUGCCUUGGGAAAGAAGGUAAUGGUAUUGGAUUAUGUUGUUCCAACACCUCUUGGAACUUCAUGGGGACUUGGUGGCACAUGUGUAAAUGUAGGUUGCAUUCCUAAGAAGCUAAUGCAUCAAGCAGCACUUCUGGGUCAGGCGCUCCAAGAUUCAAGGAAAUAUGGGUGGCAGUAUGAAGAACAAGUUAAACACAACUGGGAGGUUAUGGUAGAAGCAAUUCAAAACUACAUUGGUUCUUUAAACUGGGGCUAUCGAGUCUCCUUAAGAGAGAAGUCUGUGACGUACCUCAAUUCUUACGGGGAAUUCAUUGAACCACACAAAAUUAAGGCAACUAAUAGAAAAGGACAAGUAACCUAUCACACAGCAGAGACUUUUGUCCUGGCAACGGGAGAAAGGCCUAGAUACUUGGGUAUCCCUGGUGAUAAAGAAUAUUGUAUUACAAGUGAUGACCUCUUCUCCCUGCCUUACUGCCCUGGCAAAACUCUCGUUGUGGGUGCUUCCUAUGUGGCUCUGGAGUGCGCAGGAUUUCUCGCUGGUCUGGGGCUGGAUGUGACAGUGAUGGUGCGUUCCAUACUCCUUCGGGGCUUUGACCAAGAAAUGGCAGAAAGAAUAGGUGCCUACAUGGAAACGCAUGGCGUGAAGUUCAUCAGGAAGUUUGUACCUGUGCAGGUUGAACGGCUGGAGGAAGGCAUGCCUGGAAGACUGAAGGUGACAGCAAAGUCUACUGAGGGACCAGAAAUCUUUGAAGAAGAAUAUAACACUGUUUUGAUAGCUAUUGGUCGUGAUGCAUGUACCAGAAACAUUGGUUUAGAGACAAUUGGUGUCAAAAUCAAUGAGAAAAAUGGGAAAGUACCUGUAAAUGAUGAAGAACAAACCAAUGUGCCUUAUGUUUACGCUAUUGGGGAUAUAUUGGAUGGAAAGCUUGAGCUUACUCCAGUUGCCAUUCAAGCAGGGAAACUGCUUGCCCGCAGGCUUUAUGGUGGUAGUUCCACAAAGUGUGACUAUAUCAAUGUACCAACGACAGUGUUUACUCCUUUAGAGUAUGGCAGCUGUGGGUUAGCUGAAGAAAGAGCCGUAGAGGAAUACGGAAAGCAAAACUUGGAG